GGCCAGGCGCGCGGGAACGAUUCAGGGCUGCGCCUGGGACCGGUCCGCCUUCCUGCCGUCGUCUUCCCGUUCGCGGGCCGCGCAGGUCCCGUUAUCAUGUCGCUGAGGCAGCGCCUGGCUCAGCUGGCUGUCUGUCUACAGGAGCCGCAGAAAGUGGCCCGUUUCCAGCGCCUGUGCGGGGUGGAAGCGCCGCGGAGCCGCUCCGCCGCCGCCCCGGUUCCGAGGGAGGACGAGAAGGCGGAGGCGCCCCUCUCCGGAGACUCCCAGUGCCGGGAGCGGCUGCCUGGGGCGUGCGGAGGCCCCCAGCCCUCCGGGAGCGACCGCAAUCAGUGCCCCGCCAAGCCGGGCGGCGGCGGCGCCCCAAACGGCGUGCGGAAUGGGCUGGCCACCGAGCUGGGCCCGGCCUCGCCGCGGCGAGCGGGCGCCCUGCGGCGAAACUCGCUGACCGGCGAGGAGGGCGAGCUGGCCCACGUGAGCAACUGGCCCCUUUACUACCUGUUCUGCUUCGGCACGGAGCUGGGCAACGAGCUCUUCUACAUCCUGUUCUUCCCUUUCUGGAUCUGGAACCUGGACGCCCUGGUGGGCCGGAGGCUAGUGAUCAUCUGGGUGCUGGUCAUGUACCUGGGCCAGUGCACCAAGGACAUCAUCCGCUGGCCGCGGCCCGCCUCGCCGCCCGUGGUCAAGUUGGAGGUCUUUUACAACUCCGAGUACAGCAUGCCCUCCACCCAUGCCAUGUCGGGCACCGCCAUCCCCAUUGCCAUGGUCCUCCUCACCUACAGCCGCUGGCAGUAUCCUCUUAUAUAUGGACUGAUUCUUGUUCCCUGCUGGUGUUCCCUAGUUUGCCUAAGUAGAAUUUACAUGGGAAUGCACUCCAUUCUGGAUAUUAUUGCUGGAUUCCUAUAUACCAUUUUAAUCUUAGCUAUCUUCUAUCCAUUUGUGGACCUGAUCGACAGCUUCAACCAAACUCACAAAUAUGCUCCAUUAAUCAUCAUUGGGCUUCAUUUAGCCUUGGGGAUCUUUUCUUUCACUCUUGACACCUGGAGUACAUCCCGAGGAGAUACAGCUGAGAUUCUAGGAAGUGGUGCUGGAAUUGCAUGUGGAUCUCAUGUUACCUAUAACGUGGGUCUGAUGUUAGAUCCUCCUCUGGAUAUAUUACCUUUAGUUAGGCCCCCUCUUACUGUGACUUUGUUUGGAAGAGCCAUGUUGCGCAUCCUUAUAGGGAUGGUGUUUGUACUAAUAGUCAGAGUAAUAAUGAAAAAGAUCACCAUUCCUUUAGCCUGUAAAAUCUUCAAUAUACCAUGUGAUGAUGUUCGUAAAGCAAGACAGCACAUGGAAGUUGAACUUCCUUAUCGGUACAUUACCUAUGGAAUGGUUGGUUUCUCUAUCACAUUUUUGGUUCCUUACAUAUUUUUCUUUAUUGGUAUCUCUUGAUGGAAGAACAUUGUUUAUGAUAAGAAAGAAGGGUAUCAGUUACUGAUAUCCAAAAAUAUAUUCUAGUUGAAAGCCAAAUCAGAGUUAGGCUUUUGCAGGAAUUUAACUUAAAUAAUUAAGUAAAUUCGUAAGAGUCAGUGCAUUUUACCAUUGCACAUCCAGAUAUUGUUUAGGUAAGCUGAGCUAUUUCAACACUGAAAAAAAUGUUAAGUAUCCAUUUAGACUGUUCAUGUAAUAUUUGGAGAAUUUUGUGCUGUUAUGAAUUCAAGUAUAUAAUAUAUAUUAAGGUACAUAAUAAACAAUUAUGCACCUAAUAUAUGUUAUAUAGAAAAUAGCAUAGCUAUGUAUUUUCAACUGGGGGGUUAUAUUAUAAAAUCAGUAAUAAUAUGCAAACAUUUGUGCCUGUGUAUUUGGACAAUACAGGCAUGUUGUCAUUAACAGAUAUAUUUAAUGUUUACUUAAUAUGGGAGCCAUUUCCUAAUUAAAUUGCAUAACUAUUAAAACAGAAUUCAUAUACUACCACAUAUUGAUUUAUGCCUCAUAUUACACUGCCAUCAUGUUAUUCAUGAUGUUGAAUAUGGGAGGCAUUUUUUUUUUUUGGUACGUGCCCCUAGCGGAAACCGAACCCGGGACACUCUGGUCCACAGGCCGAUGCUCCAACCGCUGAGCCAAACCGGCCAGGGCUGGGAGGCAUUUUUUAAUGGACCAAAUUUUCAGAAAUAUUAGUUUUUGGAUUCCUUUUUUUCUCUGGUUCUGUAUACUGUGUUGAAUGUACUUUAUUUGCAGCUGUUCUGGACAUCAGUUUAAUAAUUCAGGUACUGAAUUUUAUUGCUUGCUAAUUGUGCCUUUCUGUUGCUUUAUUAAGAAAUGCCAUCUAUACUGUGAUAUAAAAAUAAGAUGCUAACUUAACUUACAUGUAAUCAGGCAGAUAUUUUUUAAAUAUGUCAAGCUAACAGGGCUAGAAAUAAAAUACCCUCAAUUAUUUAGCCUUUGUUUAGAAAGAAAUGUGGAAUGGGCUAAAAUUUCUCACUAAUGUAUUGGGAAACUAAAUGGAUAAAUAUUUCCAUUUUUAUAGGUAUUUUUCUGUGCAUUGUAAGUUAUAGGGACAAGAUGUAUUUUUUGUACAUUGUCUUGAUUGUUUAUACUGCUGGUAAAUGUUUCCAGUUAAUGGAAAAAUAAUUGAAAUUUAUAGAUGGGGCAAUGCACAAGCUUCAUAUAUAAACAAACCAUUUUUAAAAAUUAUUUGGAAAGGAUUGAGUUUAGCAGUUAGUUACCUUUUAAUACCCACUUAUUAGCUACUUAAAUUAUAAAAUCUAAAAGUAUUUAGAUCCUGUUAUUUUUUUCAAUUUUUUAAUUAUUUUCAGAGGAAAAUUUGGGUAUAGUAUUAAACUAUUCUUUAUUCUGUCUGUGCCUUUAUAUUUUGAAGUGUAAUUUUAAUUAAGUUAACAUUAAGUUUAUUUGUAGUAAGUUUUUCAUAAAGAAGAGAAUUAACUUUCCAUAAAUGAGCAUCAGGUAUGGAAUUACUUUAGUGCAAUACUUGUCUGAUUAUCCAAAAGUAUCACUGAAGAUGUUUCUAUUUUGGGCAGCAUAACUUGUAUUUAAGGUCAUAUUUUUAUAAUUCUGAUUGAGAAGUUAGAGACAUAGUAAUUUUCACCAAAACUGAAUCUGAUAAUUUUAAAUAAAGCAACAAAAUUUGAGACUUUUACCUAUUACUUAAUAGGAAACCAAGGCACUUGGGAACAUAUUGGUACGUUGGAAAAUGUGUAAGAAUUUUUCUUUCAAAAUGUGUUUAAUGAUUCGAAUUUUAGGGACUAUUUCCUGUAAUUUGGGUCUGUGCUAUCUUAUUAAUUUUUAUAUCUAGCUUUAAAGGUAUUUGAAAAUAUUCCAUUUCUUUGUGUUUUAUUAUUUUUUGUUCUAUGAUAGUUCC